AUGAAGACAGCUUUGUUGAAUGUCCUCACGGCACUUGCCCUUGUCGGCCAGGGCAGCUGUACACCCGCAGCCAGCCUCGACAAGAGGUACUUGCAAGAAGACGGCGGUAUCAAGUACAAGGUCUUUGAACAUGCUGCCACCGGUUCCAAGACCAAGAUUGUCUCCAACUCUGGAAUCUGCGAGACGACGCCUGGUGUGAACCAGCACUCUGGCUAUUUCUCUGUCGGCACCAACAUGAACAUGUUCUUUUGGUUCUUCGAGUCACGCAAGAACGCCAAAACAGCUCCGCUGGCCCUCUGGCUCAAUGGUGGUCCGGGCUGUAGUUCCAUGAUCGGCUUGUUUCAGGAAAACGGGCCCUGUACCUUUAACAACGGCGGGUCCAAGCCUACUCUGAACCCCAACUCAUGGAACACCUUUGCCAACAUGCUAUAUGUUGAUCAACCCAUUGCCACUGGUUUCAGCUACGGCACCGACGACGCUGUGUCCACUCUUGCUGCUGCUCCUCGAGUCUGGAAUCUCCUCCAGGCUUUCUACGCACAGUUCCCCGAGUACGAGAACCGUGACUUUGGUCUUUUCACCGAGUCUUAUGGUGGUCACUAUGGUCCCGAGUUUGCGUUUUACUUUGAGCAGCAAAACGCUGCCAUCGAUGCUGGAAAGAUCAAGGGCGAGAAGAUCAACCUCGUAGCCCUGGGCAUCAACAACGGAUGGAUUGAUCCUGGCAACCAGUACAGGGAUUACAUCGACUACGCCGCCAACAACACCUACCGCAAGCUCAUCACACCAACUCAGUACAGCAAGUACCUCAACACGUAUAACCAGAAGUGUGUCCCUGCAUUUGCCAAAUGCCCCGGUCUCACAGGUAACGAUGCUGCGUGCGGCAACGCAGAUGACGUCUGCAGCUCCGCUAUUGAAAGCCCACUGGAGGGUCUCGCAGACUUUGAUGUCUACGAUAUCCGAGCGUCUAGCAAUGAUCCUUUCCCUCCUUCGACUUACUCUACCUAUCUCACAUCUGCGUCUGUGAUGAAGGCGAUUGGUGCCCAGUCUGAUUAUCAGGAAUGUGGCGAUGAAUCGUACAACAAGUUUAUCGCGAGUGGUGACAGGGGACGAUCAUUCUUACCUACACUCUCGCAAGUCAUUGACUCCAAGAUCCAAGUUCUCAUCUGGGCUGGUGAUGCUGACUGGAUCUGCAACUGGAUGGGUAACUACAGAGCCCUCAACUCAAUCGCCCCGCAAUCAUUCGUCUCGGCUCCUCUUCAGUCAUUCACCGUCGGUGGAAAGAAAUACGGUGAAUUCAAGACCUCUGGAAAUCUGAGCUGGCUGCGUGUAUACGGCGCUGGUCACGAAGUCCCCGCCUACCAGCCCGAGGCUGCGCUGGCGGCGUUCAUUGCGACCAUGUCCAAGAAGCCUAUCUCAUCCACAUAA